CCCCGUGGCAACAGCUGCUGCCCAACCGCUGCCGUCCGCUGCCCUCCAGGGCCUCCCGCCCUGGCAGCAGCAGGGACCCGACCCCGUGCAGCCGUCGCUGCCCCCCUGGCAGCAGCAGCAGCAGCAGCCCCUGAUGCCGGCGCAGCCGCAGAUGCCUGUGGUCCCCUCUCAGGGUGGCGCCCGCCAGUCGCGGGCCCCGACGGACCGUUCAACGCCGGCCCGGUGGCGCCCGGUGGCCGCAUGGUCCCCAGCCCGCAGCAUGUGCAGGAGCAGAUCCAGCAGAGCUCGCCAACUUGCAGCAACAGCAGCAGCACCUCCUGCAGCAGCAGCAGGAGCAGAUGGAGGCGGCCGUGUGUGCGGCCCAGGAGGCGCGCGUGCGCGCAAUGGCCGCCGAGGCCCAGCUCAGCCUGAGCGACCUGGACGGCCUCCUGCAGCCGAUCAUCGACACGUGCACUAAGGACGCCAUCUCUACCGGCAAGACGUGGAUCUUCUCAAACGCCAAGUCAACGGGGGUGUGCGAGGCGCUGGCCGAGUACCUGCGCUGGAGGAUCGUGCGUCCGGGCUCCAGCUUCGAGCUACGCCUGCACCUCAUCUACCUCAUCAACGACGUUCUGCACCACUG